GCUAAGGGGCGUGCAGUGAGCCGGCUUCUGGAGAGCUUUGCGGCUGAUGAAGGAUUCCGAUUGGACGAGGAGAGCAGCUUCUCUGAGGGGGAGGAGGAAGACAUGGAGCAUACACCUCACACACACAGAGAACCAGCAGUGCUUAACUGUGUGCUGAGCAGGGAGAUGCUGGUGGAUGGUCUGAAGGUGUUGAUAUCUAAGGAGGAUGAGCUGCUGUAUGCUGCCCGACUACACACUCUGGACCUGCCUGACAUAUUCCGUGUAGUGAUCGAGGGGGAGAGAGGGAACAGGCCUAGAAUCUACUCUCUAGAACAGAUAUUACAAGAAGCGGUGUUGGACGUGUGGCCACAGACAGAGGCCAUCCUGACUGCUGGGACACGUGUGUGUGCCUACUGGAGCGAACGCUCCCGUUGUCUCUACCCUGGAAACGUCCACAGAGGGGUUCCGGGCGAGGAGGAGAAGGGCAGUGUGAUGGUGGAGUUUGAUGAUGGAGACAGAGGAAGGAUUUCCCUGCCCAACAUACGCCUGCUGCCCAAUGGGUACCAGAUACACUGUGCGGAGCCUUCUCCAGCCCUGCUCUCAACUGGACGUUGUGGUCGCAGAAGCUCCACCCAGGACAGUAGAGACAAGCCCACAGAGAGACCAAACAAUGAAGAGGCAGAAGGAAGGAGCCAGGAGAGGAGACCAGUUGGACGACCAAAGAAGGUCAAGCCAGAGGCCAAUAGUUCAGCCACGACAUCGUCAGAGAGAGUAACCGGGGGCAACACUUCCUCGAUAAGCUGGCCAGCGAAGAGACUUCCAGCGGACUUCUUCCUGUUUAACGGGACGUCCCGUAAAACCCACCGAGUGGGUCGCCAGCGAGACCUGGGGGUGUUCCACCGCCCAGCCACACACCCCCUCACCCCUCCCACACCCCUCAAGGGCAUCUUUAGUUCCCCCUUUGAGGUUGACUCUUUCAGUAGCAUCGCCAACAGUUACGCUGGAGCCUUCAGAAGCGGAACCCACCGGCCUGUUACCUCGGUAACGCCCCUGGUGCUAAGUGACUCUGUCGCCAUGACAACGGCACCCUCCAACAGGAAGUCGAGUGACAGGUACAGAAAACAGUUCCUGGUGAAGCUGGACCACGAGGGCGUGACCUCGCCCAAAACAAAGAAUGGGAAAGCUCUGCUGCGUUUGGGGGGCGGCAGGGGGCACAAGGGUCCAUCUGCAGGGGCGGAGGGGGCACCUCUCAGGUACAUCCACCCUGCCCUGGUGGUGAAGGAGGGGGCACCUCUCAGGUAUAUCCACCCUGCCCUGGUGGUGAAAGACAGAAAUAAAGGAGAAAGAAGAAGAGAGAGUGGAAUGUCCAAGUCUGAGCUGCUCCUGAAGGGGGCACCAGCCCUCAGAAAGGGGCUCCCCUCGUCUGGUUUAGCGGGUCUGGGGGGAGAGUUUGGUACUCUGGACUGCCCCAGUGACUGCCCUAGCUCUUACUCUGAGCUGGAUGAAGAUGAUGAUGAUGAUGAUGAUGGAGAUGAAGACGUAGCUCGGAGGAGAGCAGCAGCUGCGGGCGCAGGACGUUUCCUCUCACGUCUCUCUGUUUGCUCCUCGUCCUCUUCCUCUUCCUCCUCUUCUGGCUCCCUCUCUUCUUCCUCCCUCUGUUCUUCCGACUCCUCCUACUCCUCUGACGAAGAAGAAUCUUCAUCCCUCCUUCUCCGCCGAGCGCUGCUCCAGCAGCAGAAACACAAACACAAACAGAGCUUGACGUCUAACACCUUAACCCCUGACCCCACCACAAAGCCCAACCCAAGCCCCACCUCGGCAACACCACACUCCUACGUUGCAAAGGCAGCCAUGUCCGUCACCGGGGAGUCAAAGGUGAGAGGAAGUGAUAGAGGAGAGGACAGGAAGGAGUACACAUCAAAGGGGAGGACCAAUAGUAGCAGCAGCGCAUCCAAAAGCCAAACCAAGAGGAGAGGUGGACCUGCCUCCAACACACACACUCUGUCUCUCAACACACACACUCCGACCCCCAACACACACAACCCGGCCUGCCAGCCCAAACCUCCCAAGGACCACCCAGCAGAAAAGAGGCAGAGGAUGUUGUCACCGAUCCCCCAUCCUAAUAUGUCCGCCCUCCUGCCGGGUCGCCAGCUGUGGAAGUGGUCUGGAAAUCCCACACAGAGGCGUGGUCUGAAGGGUAAGGCCCGUAAGUUGUUCUACAAGGCGAUUGUGCGUGGUGGUGAGACGGUGCAUGUGGGGGACUGUGCUGUGUUCCUGUCCCCCGGUCGGCCCCAGCUGCCCUACGUGGGGCGGGUGGAGAGCCUCUGGGAGUCCUGGUCCUCCAGCAUGGUGGUCAGGGUCAAGUGGUUCUACCAUCCCGAGGAGACGAGCCUGGGGAAGAGGCACCAUGACGGAAAGCAUGCUUUGUACCAGUCGAGCCAUGAGGAUGAGAACGAUGUCCAGACCAUCUCCCACCGCUGCCAGGUGCUCAGUCGCACCGAUUACGAGCACCUGAUUUGCCGACGAAAGCCAGGGGGUGGGGCCCAGGAUCUGUUUUACCUGGCAGGGACCUACGAGCCAACCACAGGCCAGCUGGUUAGCGCCGAGGGCGUGGCCAUCGUCCCCUAGCAACAACUAUGGAGUGUAAACAAAACAAAGCCUUAAAGAUGGGAGCCUCAUCUCUCCUGGAUGAAUCCAGCUACUGGUGCUGGUGUCAGUGAAGCAUGGUUCUGUCCAAAUCUAGAAGAGUUUGGAAACGAGGACCUUCCUUGGUUCUACUUCCUGCUGGUUCUGGAUCUUGGUUCUGGGUCCUAACUGGGUGUGGACGAUCCCAAACGCAGAAGGGAUAACAGCACUUUGGACCGCAGCACUGAAGUCAUCUGAUCUAAUGUGAUCUGAAGAGGGACUACAGUACUCUACUGACCUUCUGAAACAGACAGACAGUGUCUUCGCUACGUCUUGUCUCCAAGAGUUGUUUUACUGUCUGUCAUAGAGUCAAAAACUGUCAUAGACUGACUCUCAGGGAGUUUGUCAGACUGUCAUAGACUGACUCUCAGGCAGUUUGUCAGACUGUCAUAGACUUACUCUCAGGCAGUUUGUCAGAGAGACUCCUGUGACUCUUACUAGGUUGUUGCUGUAAGUGAGAAUGUGAUGUGUUCACUUCUCAGUCUAGAGACCUGGUUAAAUAAGGGUUAUAUAGAAGACAUAAAAUUGAGACUGGGAAAGAAUGGGAAAGAAUGGGAAAGAAUGGGAAAGAAUGUGAGAGAAUGUGAGAGAAUGUGAGAGAAUGUG